AUGUGCUGUUUUGCCUGACUGGUAUGCAUCCAACUACUCGGACGGUGGGCCAUACAGAGGGAUGAGAGUUGGUGCGGGGGUGUGGCUAUCGUAUACAGUGUAGAGUUAAAACCACACGUGGACCAACACACGAUUUGCAGUUCGUACAGGAAACUUUGAAAAGUUUGACAACUGGAGCUGACAUACUUCCCCGUGUGUCCAAGAUGGAACCCCAUCUAAAGAAAAUGCCAUACGCGCUUAAUACAUUUCUUGAUUUGGAAGAGGUUAUGUGCAAGCAGCUUCUGAGCCUGGACCUCCGGGACGCAUCCAAGCAGUCAACAUUCCCAGUGAGACCUGUUGGUUACAAUAAGCCCUGGGCCCCAUGUCCCCUCUCUGCAUCUAGCUCUGCCCUCUCUACUCACUCCACAGAAAGUGCAACCAUGACCUCCAGCCACUGGGGGCAGAACACAGAGGCCUCACUCCCAUCAAGAUUGAAGAUGUCAUUCUGGGCUGAGCGCUCGGUCAGCAUGGUGGAGCCCAGUACGUGCACCCUGGGCUGGGCCUCUACAGAGCCUAAACAGCCCCCAGCCUCCCCUACUGGUGGCCCUGUCUCUGGGUCUCCCACCUCCUCACGCUAUAAGACUGAACUCUGCCGCACCUUUGCUGAGAGUGGCAUCUGUAAGUACGGGGGGAAGUGCCAGUUUGCCCACGGCUUUGAUGAGAUGCGUGACCUCAACAGACACCCCAGGUACAAGACGGAGCCUUGUCGCACCUUCCACACCAUUGGCUUCUGUCCUUACGGCAUCCGCUGCCACUUUGUUCAUAACAAUGAGGACGACCUGGGCCCUGGUCCUGCCAGACCUGGGCCUGGUCCUCAAACCCCCCGACCCAGACGACCCCCUCUACUUAGGCAGAGCUUCAGCUUCGGAGGCUUCCCCUCCGCCCCUCCACAGCCCCUGGAGCACUCCCUCCCCCACCCCUUCCUUCUUGGGCCUUCAGUCUCCCCUCCCACCUCAGCUGACAUAACCGACCUGCUCUCCCACGCCUUCUCUGAGGUGGGCUGUGUCUUUGAGCCGGCCCAUGAACUCCAGUCUCAGUUUCUUCCCUCUCCUGACUCAGGCUGUUCCCUCUGUGGGCUGUCCCCUGUGCCUUCCCCCUCCCAGAACCCCUGUACCUUAUCAGAGGGCUGCAGCCUGCAGCAGAGCCAGAGUCCCCCCUGUGGGCCUGCUCUCAGGGCCAGGAGCCUCUCCUAUACCUCCCUGUCUGACCACGAGGGUGGGUGUGGCAGCUCAACCAGCAGCCUCAGUGGGUCUGACUCCUCUGGUCCAGAUGGAUCUGGUCGGCGGCUGCCUAUCUUCAGCCAGCUCUCAGUGCCUGACGAGGGCUUCAGCAGCGAGCUCUGCAGCGGCACUAGCUUUUUCCUCUAGAACUUGUCACUGUUUUUGGUAACCCAAAGGAAACCUGGUGAAGAACUGUGGACAUGAGAUGAAGGGCAGUGGCCUGUCAUGGAAAAACAUCCCCAUAAAAUCUAAAUAUCAGCAGCAGUGUCGCUUUCUUGUGAAAGCGUUAUGUUCCGUCUAGGAACGAAGAGGAUUAAGGAUCUCUACGGAUCGGAGUCCCGUCCGCGGGACGGUUGAGCUAACGUAGGCUAAUGUGAUUAGCAUUAUAAGAAACAAACAAAAAUCCCAGGACAUAGACAUAUCUGAUGUGUGUAGAAAGCUUAAAUUCUUGUUAAUCUAACUGCACUGUCCAAUUUACAGUAGCUAUUACAGUGAAAGAAUACCAUGCUAUUGUUUGAGGAGAGAGCACAAUUAUGAACUUGAAAAUGUAUGAAUAAACCAAUUAGGCACA